AUGGCGGACGCGGGAAAUCUCUUUGUGUUGCCAGUAGAAAAAUUUCAACACUUCUUUUCAUCUAUGACUUAUAGGGUCGAGGGUCGAAUAGUUUUCAACCCUUUAUGGUUGGUAAAGGUGUGGUUCCAAAAUAGAAGAACGAAGCAUAAACGAAUGCAGCAAGAAGAAGAAGCAAAGACUGGUACAAAGUCUAGCUCAUCGGGUUCAAAGCCAGACGACGGGAACCAAUUCAAUAAUUCAUACGAGGAAGAAGAUGAAGAACUUAUAGAUAUGGACAUGGAUGAACUAAGUGAGAGUGAAAAUGAAACG